AUGUCAAUCAAGGUAUUAUCGGGAAAAGUAUUUUUACUAGUUACAGGUGCAAGUCGUGGAAUUGGAAAACAGCUUGCAAUAUCCAUUGGUUCAGUUCUGGAAAAAGAUUCACAUGUGCUUUUAUUAGCAACAAAUUUAAAUGCUUUAAAAGAAACGGCAAAAAAUAUUCCUGCAAGUGUAUCUGUUGAUACUGUUAGUGCUGAUUUAGCUAAAACAACAAAAGAUAAAUUGCAUGAUAUUAUAAUGCAGUCUUUAAAAGAUCAAGCUUUACAUGAGUUUGAUCGACUAGUUGUAAUACAUAACGUUGGUUCACUUGGACCUAUGAAUCAGUGUACAAAUGAUCUGACCGAUAUAAAUAUGUGGCAUGAUUAUUACGAUCUAAAUGUUUUUGUUCCUGCUAUAUUAAAUGGGGUUAUUAUGCAAAUAUUCAAUGAAAAAACAAAUACUGAAAAACUGGUUAUAAAUAUUACAUCAUUAUAUGGCAUAAAACCGGGAAAAUAUUUAAGUUACUAUUGUUCAGGAAAAGCAGCACGAGAAAUGUUUUUUAAAGUAUUUGCAGUAGAAAAUCCAGAGAUCAAUGUCUUAAAUUAUUCACCAGGACCGGUUGAAACCGAUAUGUAUUAUGAAAUUUGUAAUGAACUUGCUGACAAACAAAUGAAAACAGAAUUCAAAGAUAUGUUAACGAAAAAAACUGUUCUAACUUGUGAGCAAACAGUUAAUCAUCUUUUAACGGUUCUUAAAGAACAAAAAUAUAAAUCCGGUGAUCAUGUUGAUUAUUAUGACGAAUUAUGAAUUACGUACAUUUAUUGAUGUGAAUGAUUUGCAUCCAGUUAUCAGGUAAAAUUUCGCAAUGCGAAUAAAUAUAUUUUUAAUAAAUUGUUUACAGGGUUGGUUAA